AUUUCAUCCUGAAUUAUAGUUCACAACACCGUACUUGUGAAUGAGAACUGUCAACGUUUGUAAAAUUACUUAGAAGUUAGAACAUUCAAUGUUUGCAUAUAAAACUAUUUUAGUUACUACUUUAUAUAAAUUUAGCAUCGAGUUUUAAAUUAUACUUAGUACUACAAUGCUAUUCUUAUUAUUUUAGUGCAAUGUGAUGUACAGUUGAGAGGUUCCCGCUGUCGAGAAUGGCGAGAAACUUCAGAGGAUGCGGACCGCCACGUCGGCGUAGCAAUGUACUUCUCAUACUAGUGGUCGCCAUCUGUUUAAUGCUCUCCAUAUUGUACGGUUUCAACGCCUCUCAAUUACCCCGAGAAGAAAAAAUGGAAAAAAAUAUAGCAGAACUUCAAAAUCGGCUACAGCUUCUAGAGUCUCUGUAUAGGGCUCGAAAUGAAGACAUACUCAAAAUUCAGGUUGAAAAAAAUUGAAUUGAUAACAUUAGCAAAAUCUUCGCAAGAAACAACAUCUCCAACACUAUAACGAUGACGAAUUCGACAAAAAAAAUAUACACGCCUGAAGUCAUGAUGUUAUUGAAAAAUAUGACGGGUAUGAAAGCGAGUACCGGCGUUCAAACGAAGACCUUAACGACUAUGGAAAAUUCUUUCAUCUUCAAGCUGCUACCACAUCUGAUGAAUGAUCCUCACAGCUUACGUCCAGCCUAUCACUUGAGGUCACAUCGCCAUUAUUUUGACAUCGUUAUAGGAAUACCGACAGUGAAAAGAGAUAAAGAAAGUUAUCUCUUGGUAACUUUAAUGCAUUUGAUCGACCAACUAAAUGAAAAGGAUAAAAACGACACGCUCAUAAUUAUUUUAGCCGGAGAAACUGAUUUAGAAUACGUUCUGAACGUGGCAAAGGAAAUCGAGACUGAGUUUCAUAAAGAAGUGCAAAACGGAAUGAUAGAAGUGAUAUCACCAUCUCAAGCCUAUUACCCGGAAUUUGAUAAUUUACCUCUAACUCUCGGCGAUUCGUUGAAGCGUGUUAAAUGGCGCUCUAAACAAAACUUGGAUACAAUUUACUUGAUGGCUUAUGCACAAACACGAGGAACUUAUUAUCUAAUGCUAGAGGACGAUGUAAUUGCUCAAAAAAAUUAUAUGCAGGAAAUUAAGCAGUUUGUAAGCGCAAUGUCAGUAUCGACACCUGAUUGGUUUAUUUUGGAAUUCUGCCAUGUGGGUGGAAUCGGAAAGCUGUUUAAAUCGUCUGAUUUAAUAAAUUUCAUUGUAUAUGUUCAACUUUUUUAUCAAAACAUGCCGAUCGAUUGGCUGAUGGAGAGCUACCUCGCAGAUCGAGUUUGCACUAUUGACAAAUCCUCGAACGUUUGCGGGAGAAAUAAAAUGCUAAUCUGACCCAAAUACAAAUCGUCAUUGUUCCAGCAUAUUGGUUUAUAUUCUUCCCUUAAAGGAAAAAUACAAAAAGUGAAGGAUCCUCGCUUUGGAACUCUACCGUUGUACUAUCCUCAUAAAAAUCCACCGAUAAAAUUUGUCCGCGUAACAAUUAAGGAAAAACCCGAUCAUACUGUUAAAAGUGCGUAUGAAGGUAAAACGUUCUUUUGGGGCCUUACUCCUAAAAAGGGUGAGGUCAUCGAGUUCUGGUUUUCCGAACCAACAAACAUUUCAAGCUACACUUUUAGAAGUGGUAACGUACAGCACAAGACUGAUAAAUUUUUCGAUACUGUAGUGGAAAUUUAUACGGAGAGAGAUAAAAAGUUCACCACCGUCGAUCGAUUUGAUGAGUUUGGACUGGCUGAUGGUAGACUGGACUACAGUGAGGGCCCGCUGUUGGCUAUACGACUUCGUGUUGUCAAAAACAGUUUUUAUUGUGCUGUACUAAGUGAGAUCGAGCUCAAAACUACUUUUAAUACAAAGGGAUCUGCUCGACAGACUAAGAAGAAAAGAAGGCUAGCGGACGGAUUUUUUAAGCCUUUUCGAAAGCCCUUCAAAAAAGCUUUAAAAAAAAUGUAAAUACAACUGCUAAGAGUAUUUCAUUGAUGUUACGAACAUCUGAUUCCCUAAACAAUAAUAGUACUCAAAAAUUUUAAUGAAUGUAUAACAAUUAAAAAUAAGAACUAAAAUGUAUAGAUGUUAGAUUAAGAUCUUUUUAAUCAAGUUACUCAUUAUCUCAUUCUUGAACAUAAUAAAAAAAUGUGAUAGAAAUCACGACCAAAAAGAAUUGUGAUCUUAAGUAAGUGUCUGCAUAUUAUUCGUAUUUCAUAAUGUUUAAACGAAUACUGUCCUAAACUUUCUCGUACGACUAUUAUAUAUAAUUUAAGAAUAA